UGCCGCCGGCUGCGGGUGAGCGAGCAGCGCGCCGCCAUGGAACCGGCGCCCCUCAAGCUUCUACCCCCGGACCCCGGGGACGAAGGCACGCAGCGGUGCAGGCUGGGCCCCGCCGCCCUCUCCUCCCUGGGGGUCCGGCUGGGCGCUCCGUUGCGGAUCUCCCUGCCCGCCGGCUGCUAUCUGUGCACGGCGUGGCCGCGGCCGGACCUGGCGGACGGGUACGUGCAGGCGGACCCGGCCUGCAGCACCGGGCUGACGGCGGCGGCCCCACGCGGGCUGACGCUGAGCCCCGGCUGCCUGCAGCCGCUGUCUUCCCGCCGCCUGCGGGGGGCGGCCGUGCGCGCGGUGCUGCGGGGCGGCGCGCGCGGGCGGCCUGCGGGGCUGCAGGAGGCGGUCCGCGACCUGCUGACCCACGUCUACGUUUCCCCUCGCUGCGUCGUGACUGUUGGCCCUCGUGUCCGCGCUCCCCUGGUGCACGUGGAAAUUCUCUCCGUAGACCCCGCGACAGAGGAAGCCGGGCUGAUAACCCCCCAGACGGACGUGACGAUUACGGAGGUGAUGACUUUAGAACGGUACAGGCUCUUAACGGAGGACACGGCAGAAAUUCCUGUGGCGGGGCUGGACGAUGUGGGAGAGUCUCUGAAGGAGAUGGUCGACCUGCCGUUCCGUUUCCCGAGGACGUUUAAGAAGCUGGGGCUUUCCGUCCCCAACGGGGUGCUGCUGGUCGGCCCUCCGGGGGUGGGGAAAACGCUCCUGGUGAAGGCAGUGGCGAAGGAGGUGGGCGCGUAUCUGCUGUGCGUCUGCGGCCCCGCGCUGUACGGCUCCAGGCCGGGGGAAAGCGAGGAGAAUUUGCGAAGCGUCUUUGAAAAGGGCAGGGAGAUGUCCUGUGAGGGCCCGACCGUGCUCUUUAUUGAUGAGAUCGAUGCUUUGUGCCCGAAACGACGGAGCUCCAGCAGCGCUCCUGAGGAUCGCCUGGUUGCUCAGUUGCUGACGCUGCUGGAUGGUGCUGGUGCUGGUAAAGAUAGGAUGGUGGUUGUGGCAGCGACAAACAGGCCUGACGCCUUGGAUCCUGCGCUGAGAAGGCCGGGCAGGUUUGACAGAGAAGUUAUUAUUGGGACACCAACGCUUACGCAGAGGAGAUCCAUCCUGCAGAUGCUCACCUGUGGUAUGCCCAUUUCUACAGACGUUGAUUUGGUUAAGCUGGCAGAAAUGACAACUGGGUAUGUUGGAGCAGACCUUACAGCGCUCUGCAGAGAAGCUGUUAUGCAGGCUGUGUUCCACAGCUCUUUGGAUUCAGCUGAAGUGCUAAUUAGCAUGGCAGAUUUCCAAGAAGCUUUUAAAAAAAUUCAGCCAUCCUCUUUCCGAGGUGCAGUUGGACUCAAAGAGUGUAAACCCAUCACUUGGGAGCAGAUUGGUGGUCUUGAAGAUGUGAAGUUGAAGUUAAAACAGAGUGUGGAGUGGCCCAUGAAAUUUCCUCAGGCAUUUGUGAGGAUGGGGCUGGCUCGUCCAAAGGGUGUUCUUCUCUAUGGGCCAUCAGGGUGUGCCAAAACCACGCUGGUGAAGGCUGUGGCCACAAGUUGUCACUGUUCCUUUCUCUCUGUAAGUGGUGCUGAGCUGUUCUCACCUUAUGUUGGAGAUUCAGAGAAGAUUUUAUCUCAGGUUUUCCGCCAAGCGAGAGCAAAUUCCCCAGCAAUAAUCUUCCUGGAUGAAAUUGAUUCUAUCCUGGGAUCUCGAUCGCACGGUAAAACUGGCCGUGGUGUCUCAGAGCGGGUGCUGUCUGUGCUUCUCAAUGAGUUGGAUGGUGUUGGACUGAAAGUCACAGAAAGAAGAGGGAAUAAACUACAGCUUGAGGGGAGAUGUGAGGAACUAAGUGAUGAGGAAAGACAGCUAGAGUUUCAGGAAACUUUGAGCAGAGAUGUCAUGGUAGUUGCUGCAACAAAUAGGCCAGAUAUGUUGGAUGAUGCCUUACUGCGCCCUGGAAGGUUAGACAGAGUGAUCUAUAUUCCACCUCCAGAUCUAAAGGUGAUGUAUCACAAAUCCAUCUGUGGUGUUAAAUGGGGAGAGAAAAAUUGCCAGCAUACUUUCAGAACAAAAAGAACAUAAUCUGAUGUGCUUCAGAAUUGAGGGAUGGCUCACUGGAGAUGAGUUGCCAAACUCAAGAUACGUGAAGAAGGGAAUAAUUACAUUUGUAAUUUAAAUACCAGUAAUAUUUGGCCUGAUUAUGUAGGUACACUGCUCAUAGAAAAUAGGCAGCAAUCUGAAAUAGUUGUCUGUUUACAAAAACAAACUGUAGAAAGUAUUGUAAGACGUUGGCUGUCCUUUCUUCAAAUCUUCGUUUCCUGUAAAUGUUCAGUGGUAUAAAUGUUUGCCCUCCUUCCCCAUCCUAAAAAGAGAUGACCCAAAGCAGACUGUGUAUGGAAACAUAUCUAAAAUUGGUCUCAUUUCAUGAAGUGAUGAGUAAUUGAAUACUAGACAUGAAUAUGAGAACCAUAAGAGUAAACAUCUCUGUUAACAAUACUUUACUCUUUCACCAAAAACAUAAUUCUGAUUUUGUAUUUUUCUGUAUUUCCUUAGUUCUAACAUUAAAUUUUGAACUGUUUUGGAGUGGGAGUAAUUGUUUGGUUUGGUUUUCUCAUCAAUACCUGCCACCUCACAGGGAAGGCUUUCCAUUUUGAAAGUCUGCACAGAGAAAAUUCCAUUAGAUACUGACGUGUCACUGCAGGAUAUAGCAGCCCUAACAGACCUUUUC